AUGAGUAAUUACCAAAAUUUGAAGUGCUCUGAACUGAAAGAUUUAUUAGCCAAAAGAGGGUUGCCAUCACAUGGAAAAAAAAAUGAAUUAUUAGAAAGAUUAUUAAAACAUGAAGAAAAGGACAAUAUAAAUUCUCUAUCUUCAUCAUAUAUAUUAGAUAAUUCAAAUAUUAAUAACGACGAUAAUAAAAAUAAUAAUUUUUCAUUUCAAAACAACGCAAGUGAUAAUAGUUUAAAACUUCAAACAUCCAGCAAUUCAAUAUUUGAAAAAAAUACUGUAGAUUCAUUUGGAAACGUUGAUGAUAAUAAUAAAAAAAAAAUCUGUACAGUAAAUAAUAAAGAAGAAUCAAAUAAUAAAAUUGGUUUAAAUAAAAUGAAAAAUUAUAUAAGAAAUAUAUUAACUAUUAAUAGCAAUAGUACAAAUCCUGCUCAUGAUAACAAUAAAGAUAAUAAUGAUGACAAAAAUAAUUCAAAUAAAGAUACACAAAAUCAAAAAAGUAAAACGGUUAUUCAAGAAAUAACAUUCAACGAUGUAUCGUCAUCAAAUCAAAAUACAUUACAAAGAAAUAUCAUAUCAACAGAUGACAAUGAUUCUUAUUUAUCUGAGGAAAAAAAGAGAGAAUUAAGACGAAAAAGAUUUGGUGUUGUAAAUACCGAUGAUGCACUUGAAUCAAGAGCCAAAAGAUUUAGUAUAGUAACACAUAAAAUGGAGGAAGAGAAUAAAAGGAAAAGAGCUGAGCGCUUUGGAUUGAACGUGGCCAAAAUGAACGAUUUUGAAAAGAAAAAGAAAAGAGCUGAACGAUUUGGAUUACUUCAAGAUAGUGAAAAGUUAAAAGCAAGGGCUCUCAGAUUUGGGAUAACACAAUAA